GCGGGCAGGUGGUGUAGACGCCCCUGCUUCCCGGCGCCCCCUGCCGGCCAGCGGGAACUCCCCGCGGCCUGGGGCCGGAGGAGGAGGGAAAGGAGGAGAAGGAGGAGGGAAAGGAGGAGAAGGAGGAAGGCGAAAGAAGGCGGCAGGCGGGAGCCGGGGCUCCGAAGAAGUCCGGAGAAGCCCCCUCAUGGUGCCGGUGCCGGUGUGGCCGCCUUGCGGGAGAGGAGGGGUGAGCAGACAGUUGCCCAGGAGCCUGGCUCCUCUGCUCCUGCUCCUGGCUCUGGGACCCGCGUGGACCUCCAGGGUGGAGCCCGAAGACGGACCCAGAGAGAUCUGCUCCGAAAACAAGAUUGCUACCACCACCUACCCAUGCCUGAAACCCACCGGCGAGGUCACCACUUGUUUCAGGAAAAAAUGCUGCAAGGGUUAUAAAUUUGUCUUUGGACAAUGCAUUCCAGAAGACUACGACGUAUGUGCCGAGGCUCCUUGCGAACAGCAGUGCACCGAUAACUUCGGCCGAGUCUUAUGCACCUGUUACCCUGGGUACCGCUACGACCGUGAGAGACACAGGAACCGGGAAAAGCCCUACUGCUUAGAUAUCGAUGAGUGUGCCACCAGCAAUGAGACACUCUGCUCUCAGAUCUGCAUCAACACGCUGGGAAGCUACAGAUGUGAGUGUCGAGAGGGCUACAUCCGUGAAGAGGAUGGAAAGACAUGCACCAAAGGAGACAGAGGACAAGAUGAGAAGGCUGAGAACAUAAUGAAGGCAGGAUCGUGCUGUGCUACUUGUAAGGAAUUUCACCAGAUCAAGCAGACAGUUCUCCAGCUGAAACAAAAGAUUGCACUGCUGCCAAACAGCGCUGUGGACCUUGGCAAACAUAUCCCAGGAGAUAAGGCCCUGGCAUCCAAUGCCUUUCUACCAGGACCUCCUGGGCAGCCAGGAGGUCAGGGACCUCCAGGAUCACCUGGACCAAAAGGAAGUCCUGGAUUUCCUGGUUCUCCCGGGCCUCCAGGGCAGCCAGGACCCCGCGGAUCAAUGGGACCCAUUGGGCCAUCUCCUGAUCUGUCCCACAUCAAGCAGGGACGAAGAGGCCCCGUGGGUCCUCCAGGGGCUCCAGGAAGGGAUGGCUCCAAGGGAGAGAGAGGUGCUCCGGGACCAAAAGGGUCUCCUGGUCCCCCAGGCUCCUUUGACUUCCUGCUGCUGAUGAUGGCUGACAUCAGAAAUGACAUCGCCGAGCUGCAGGAGAAGGUGUUUGGACACAGGACUCACUCAUCAGCAGAGGAGUUCCCAUUGCCCCAGGAAUUUUCCAACUAUCCUGAAACUAUAGACUUUGGCUCUGGAGAGGAUUACCAGAAAAGUGCUGCCACAAAAGACUCAAGCGCACACAAAGACUUCUAUCCAUAGCGAGGCCUAGGAACUUACUUUAAAAGAGGGGGCGGGGGUUGGGGAAAGGUUUCCAUUCUAAAAUUGAACAUUGUAAAAAAGUGCACUGGUAAUAGGAUGAAAAAAAUAGAUGUUUAUUUUCUCCAUUUUGUUCGUGCUUUGUCCUCUUUCCCUUCUCCCUAAAUGCUGUGUUUUCAGAGCCGUGCACUAAAUGCAGUGGAGAGGGAAUCAGCUACCUUGGGUGUCUCCCAGCUUGAGCCAACCAGAUUUCUAUGUAUGGAAACUUCAGUUGACUGUCUCAAAAGAAAUACAUUAAAUCCUUAGAGAUGUGACCUGUUAUGUUAGAGCCAAGGUGAAUGUCAAAAGUCAUUAAGAGAAAAAAGCUAGGAGACAUCCAGGAAAAUGCCAAAAUGAUUCCCUCAAAAAGAAUUUUCUCAAAAAUAUUAUGCUAGAGUGUCAGAGUAAAAGUCAGGUCCCUUCACUGAAGGGGGAGAAAAAAGUCUGGGCUUUUGGGAUGAUGGGGAGUGAGAAUCUGGGUAAUGUAAGAAAAGGGAACGCAUUGCAAACCAUAUUUACUUCUGAACAUGAUGCAGUUUAGGAGACAGCAGUAACUGUGGUCAGGAAUCAGCAUCAAAUGGUGAGACAGGAAGAACUACUGUAAGGUACUAAAAUGCAAAGUGGUCCACUGGCAUCGAAGCAGUGCUCAACAUAUCACCCUCUCAUUGGGCCAGAUGUGUGAGGAGAAUGGACAGCAUCAAGACCCCCAUACAAUUGUCGGGUGGUGAGCUGAAGUGAAGUGCCUAUAAAUGAGGAAAUAAGCAUUUUAAAGAUGAAUAAAAACAUCAGAGGUUGACACAGCUGGGAGACAGCAGGAAACACACAUUUAGAAAUAGAGGACUCUUAAAUGAGCUGCAAGAAAAUGGGAUGUGAAGAGGCAUAAACAGAAAUGCCACCAGGCAUUAUGGGUAGAAAUAAUGCAGCGUAGGAGAUCUCCUCUACAUGCACAGGGUAUAGAUUAUUAGGUAUCCAUUGAACUUAUCAGUACAACUAUAAAUGCUGCUAAAAGUUCACCAACAGUAGCAUCAACUUUGAGCCCCAAAUGAUGGGCAUAUGCACACAUUCAUGGCAGUUAUAUUGAAAUUCACCUAAAAUGGUUAUGUUUUACAAAAGGAUUUUUGAGUCAUGGUCAGAUGUUUGUACAUCUCCUUCGAUAACUGCAUCUUGUUCAUCAUUCAGUCAUUGGAGAGUAACUGUGACUCUUGAAGAAGCAUGGUUCUGCUCUAGAAGAAGGACACUCAUUGGGUUCUUUGGCCAAGGAGUUAUUGAUCUGAGGAAAGUAGGUCUAGAAACUGGCCAAAGCCAAUGAACAGGAAGAUUUCCUUAUCAGCAAACUGAAUCAGUUACCUCUGCAAAUUAGCACUUCUGAAAGCUCUCCUCUUGUCUGCAUAAAUGGGAGAAAAAUCAGCAGGGAGAUGUCUUUUUUUGGUCAGCGAGCUGAGUGUAAGCUGCCUCUGUAAAGAGUUCUCUCCCCUUUAGUUGUCAGGUUUGGGCUACAGCUUCUACCCCGGGAAGGUGUCACCUUUCUUUGAUUCUUGUUCCUUUUUCAGCCGUCAUGGUAUUGACGGAAAAGAGGUGGUUCCGAAUGGUACAGUCCUGGGAACAAUCCCAUAGCAUCCACAGCAGGAGCCUGUGAGGGAUGUCAGGAGUGAAUUCAUUCAGGCACCCUUGGACCUACUCUGCCAUUCCACCUUUCUGAAUAUCCUUUCUGCUUCUUUCUUUGUUUCAGUCAGCGCAAGAGAAGCAGCAUGGCAUAGAGGAUAGAGCCCAGGCCUGGGAAUCAGAAGGUCAUGGGUUCUAAGC